AUGGCCGUUGUCGCCUCCCCUACUGCCAUGGAGGUGGUAGAGACCCCCAAAGGCAGUACUGACGCUGAGGACGUCGGCCUCGAGUACCUCAUCAAAGAACCCAUACCUUCCGAUGAGAACGGUGGGGAGAGCUAUGCUAUCAAAGGCGUUGAUUUCGGCAUCAUGUCCGGCGAGGAAAUCUCUAAAUACGGCGAAGUUGAAGUGCUGAACCAAGGCUAUUUCGACCCGAUGACCCACAAGCAGCUCGCUCUGGGUUGUCACGACCCUCGUCUCGGUGCUAUGAAUAGGAUGAGCGACUGUCAAACCUGUGGGAAGAAUUUCAGGAGUGUCCUGAGUGCUGCUGGCGCCGAGAGAGGUCGGUGUGGUUGA